AUGGAGUUUCAUAUCUGCAAAGCUAUUUUGGGCAUCUUUUUUCUCUAUCUCUCAGCAGUUCGUGCUCAACAAGCUGAAGAUUUCGGUUCGGUCUGGGUCGUACCUGAUGGCACCCAGUCAGAUCUUUCACAAACAUUUAGACAGGGUCUCACUCUCCAGAUUACUUGGUUCGGGGCGCCAGUGGGCUAUCAAUUCGAUACCUUGACAAAUUUGUGGGUCACAUCGUGGGAGUACGAAAAGACUGCAUACAGCCAAUUACUCGAAGGUAAUAUCAACGCCAACGAUAGCGGUACUCAUGACUGGACAAUCGAUAUCCCUACCAGUGUUUUAGGCAAGACCGCAAAAUACGUCCUUCGAUUUAAAGACCUUAAUCCUGCAUUUAAUCCCGACUCUCGUGAUGUGUCAAGUCCAGCUUUCUUGGUCAUCACCGGAGAUUCUGCUUCAUCCUCUAAACCUUCCACUUCUUCAUCCACAACGUCUUCUACUUCUUCAUCCACAACUUCUUCCUCAUCAUCCACGAUCACUUCUUCUCCGACACUUUCCACUUCUGCGGUUUCCUCGGCUGAGACAUCCAAUUCUCCCACUGGAGCAACUGGCAAUUUAAUAGCAGCCGAUACGGCAUACAAGGAUAAAGAAACCAAACUUAGCGGUGGAUUAGUAGCAGGUAUUGCUGUUGCAUCUGUGGCUGUACUUUGUGCAGUCCUUGGGUUGGUGUACAGAAAGUACAGACGAAGGAAAAACAAGAGAGAUACGGCAACAGAACUAUUGACAGAGCAUCCUACAGGCUCUAUAACGAAACCUCCGACGUACCAUGAAGCACCUAAUGACCAAGCAGCAGUACCUUCUGAGAAAGCGGUUGAGCUUGGCGGCGAGCAAAGACCCGUGGAGUUGGAGGGCUAG